AUGAUUCCAUAUGGUUUGUUGCACCCGCUGUCCUCAGUCCGCUUUGAAGAAAAAAUCCAGUUCUCUGCAAGUCAGGAUCUCUCCUUAGCAAGAAGCAAAUGGUUCACACUCCCCGAGACUGAGAACCGAGGCGAUGUGUGGAGCAUCAAGCCACCCGAUUUCUCUCUUAAACUGUACAGUCACAAGAGGAAAGACUCUCCAAAGUUCAUCACAUCAUAUCGGCCUCCUGAUGCUCUGGAGUCUGAGCUUAUGUACGUCAAGAGGGGGAAAUACCCUACUAGGCCUUUCAAGAACCACAAACCUCAUAACUUCAGACCGCUUGAUGAAGACCUUCCAGACGUAGUAACUGCUUAUGAGAGGGACCCUGGUAACCUCAAUUUAAAAUUAAGGCACCUCGACAUCAUGCGUACCACCAGAUCAGAGUCAGACUUUAGUUCGAGGGACACCAAGACAAGGAUGAACACCUAUAAACCUGCAGAGCCUAGAUGGGAUGCGAGGCUCAUGCUCCCUCACCGACCCUGGCCUCCAAAAUCAGCUUCCUACACAAGACACCGGCGAAGACGAGGAGCCUACAGUGCGUUCUUGGACCGUGUGGAAGAGAAACUCUCAAAAUCCUGGAAAAACAGAUCAUGAUUCUCUUUUUAAAUGUGUUUUUUUAAUUAGUUUAACAUGUGCAUAUUUGUUUUCCUUUAGAAAAAAGUGUAAUGUGGUUCCAAAUUAUAGACUAUACAAACAGGAAAUAGGGAUGAAAAACUUGAUAAAAUACAGUUGUGAUCAUAAAACACAGCAAAACAGUGAUGCUUUAGGAAAGAAAUAAGAGUAUAAGACAUUGUUAAGGAGCACAACAGUGACUAUGCAUAUAGUUUUAUGUUGUAGCCACAAGGUUUGGAUUUGUUUCAAUACAGUGUAAAUGAAAAACAGCUACAGUAUGUUAUUGUUGAGUGGUAACGCAGCUGAAAGCACAAAAAAAUGAAAAAAAAAGGUAUUAUUAGAGAUUAUUUUAGCUUUAAGAUGAUGGCAGAAGACAUGCAGUGAUUGUGGUGUCAUGAACCACUAUAAGAAGCCCACUGGUCCACUGACAGCUGCUCAUUCGGCACCCCAAGAAAUAUAAACACAUGAAGCCUGCACAUGUUCGAAGCAUAUCUGAAAUAGCUCCGUUGAAUGAACCAUCUGUGACUCUGUGCAUAACUCACACACUAAAUAUAAAAUCAAAAGAAUAUCAGCAACUGCAUUAAACCGCAUGAACCCCAAAGGCUGCUGUAUGUUUUUUCUUAUCAUCUUUUCAUAACAUAAAGAAAUAAAAUCUUCCAUCUCAUUAAAAAAGGCUUAUUGCAGCAUGGAUAAUAAAGAUUUUAUUUACUAGUGUCAUUGAUCUUUUCAGAAAGUGUAUAUGACUUUUA